UAUGCAAAAAAGUGCAAGACAAGAAGGUCAGAUACAACAACUGACAAAAAACAUUUCGGUCCUUAUCAGCGCUGACAGACAAUUUGAUUUAUUAGUUAAGACUCUCGGCUGCGAUGCUGGAUGGAAAAUGUUCAUGAUAAGUUGUUAUUAUUUUGAAUUAGAAUCAGUGAAGACUUGGAAUGAUGCGAAGAAUGACUGUCAUAGCAAAGGAGGAUACCUUGUAAAAAUUGACAACGCCGUGGAGAAUUGGUUUUUAAAAUCUUACUUGCAAACUGAUAACAAAAAAGAAAGCGUUUGGAUUGGAGCAAAUGAUAAUGCACAGGAAUCUAAUUUUGUCUGGGAAUCCGACAAUACAUCUCUUACGUUUACUGACUGGUAUACUGGUGCACCUAACAAUGAUGAUCCAGGCGAGGAUUGUGCAUCCAUGCAUUUUUUUUGGGACUACAAAUGGAAUGAUUGGGAAUGUUCAAUGUUAUUUCCCUACAUUUGUGAGAGACAACAGUGAUCAUCACAUUCCUCACAACUCGGCUGAUUCCGUGCCUUCAUGUUACGGAUAGACGGAGAGUGGCGGAUACACACGAGGAUUGCCGAUCAUGAGCAUCGGUUACUGUGGAUUCAUUUAUUUUUGGGGGAUACCAGUUUCUGUGGAUGUAGGAAAACUAACAUAUGUUCAUGGAUAUUUUAAUUUGUGGUUAUACCGAAGUCUGCAUACAAGACUAAGGAUAAUUUGUUAUUCACAUUAUUAACAUUUAAUUUUAAAGUACCAACUAGUACCAACGAAAUCCACGAAAAUUGGCAUCCAACGAAUAAUAGAAGUAGCGAACUCCCAAUUUCAUAUUCCGGUUUGCAACUACACGUUCAUUAUAUUUAUAUCACAUCUUCAAUAUCAUAAAUAUUUAACAGUU